ACGUUUGACCAUACUCAUGGCAUGAAAACUCACAAUAGCAGGCUGGUACAUGUACAUCGAAGGCAGCAGUCCGCGGAGAGAGAACGACACGGCCCGUCUACAUUCACCCGUCUACUCGGCUGACAAGACACCGGCGUGCUUCGAGUUCUGGUAUCACAUGUUCGGACUCACGAUAGGAACUCUGAGCGUCUAUGUGAAACCUGAAACACAAUCACUGACGGACAUCGAAUCUUCGUUUGUAAGAAAUGGCGACCAGGGAAACCAAUGGUUUCUAGGUCAGAUUGCGAUACCCAGGCUAAAUGACUCGUUUCAGAUCGUGAUAGAAGGUGUGCGUGGAACGAGUUACGUCACCGACGCUGCUAUUGAUGACGUUUCGCUGAACCUCGGGCAGUGCCGGACGCCACCUGUAUUAGAACCAGUGGAUGGCCACUGGUCGGACUGGCUCCGGUCGAGCUGUACUGUGACGUGUGGGGAAGGGGGCAUGGCCAGCAUACGCUACUGUAACAACCCAGCACCACGUAACGGGGGCGCGGACUGUGAAGGAGCCAUCGCUGGCAAGCAGCGCGUGUUCACGAAAUGCCGCGUCGCAGACUGUCCUCCAGCGAAAUACGCGGCUUUCCCCGAGACGUACGCUUGA